AUGCAUGCCAAAAAAAGGGCGAGGAAGUUUGGGACCCCUGCAAAGCUUUAAGCUCAGAAAGCAACUAAAAGUAGAGAGAGAGAGAGAGAGAGAGAGAGAGAAGGUAUACCCAUUACCCAGCAGAUGAGAGUUGCUCUGCACAGGACAUCCCAAUGAAGCCAAGGAAUCUUCAUCCAAACCCCAAACUCCAUUGACUUGAACCACAUGGCAAUCAAUCUCCCUUUCCAGGUAUUCCCUUCAUUAACCCACCCAUCCAUCCUUCUCUUCUUCUUCUUCCUUUACCCACCAUUUAUAUAUAUAUAACAAGAAGAACAUGCAACGAAGAAGACGACAUAGAUCGAGAGAACUUCGCUCUUUAAACAAAAAACAGGAAGCCAUUGAUUCUCUAGCCACAAAUGGCAGCAUGUAAUUACUCAAACAAUGAAGGCACGUCCUCACAAAUUGUGUUCUUCGACGUUGAAACAACAGUACCCAACAGAGCCAGACAAAGGUUCUGGGUACUAGAGUUCGGCGCAAUCGUAGUUUGCCCCCGAAAUCUGGUUGAGCUCGAGAGCUUCUGCACCCUGAUAAGGCCUGCGGGGGACUUGUCCCCCGUUGCCUUGAGGUCGAGCCGUCGCGACGGCAUCACCCGCGACGCUGUCACGACCGCACCAGUCUUCGAGGAGGUUGCUGAUCGGAUAUACAGCAUUCUCAACGGUAGAAUAUGGGCAGGGCAUAAUAUCCAGAGAUUUGAUUGUGUUCGUAUCAAGGAAGCCUUUACAGAGAUCGGCCGGCCGGCUCCGGUCCCGGCUGCCGUGAUUGAUUCGCUUGGGGUCUUAUCCCGUAAGUUUGGCAGAAGAGCUGGGAACAUGAAGAUGGCAACAUUGGGUGCUUACUUUGGGCUUGGCCAGCAGAAGCAUAGAAGCCUAGACGAUGUUCGGAUGAAUCUGGAAGUUCUGAAGCAUUGUGCAACUGUGCUGCUCUUGGAAUCAAGCCUUCCGAGUCUGUUGAAUGGCAAUUGGCAGCUGGGCAAUCCCACGGUCGUAACAAGAAGCAGAAGCAAGGGGAAAUGGCAGAAAUCAGAAGAAAGCUGCAGGCGUAAAUCUCCCCCAACUUCACUUGGAUACAGGAAAGCAGUAGCUCCCUAUGCCAGAGAAUUAAAGUCUGGAAAAGGUUCCUCUUUCAUUUGCUCUUUUCUUCUUCUAUUAGUUUUCUGUUCCUUUCUUUUCUUUUCUUUUUUUCUUUUCUCUCCUCUUCCUCCCCAAGAAGUAUAUAGUGCAUAAUAUGGUUCAAUAUUUCAUAUGCAGAAUCAAUUAACCACUGCAUAAUAAUGAUGAUGGUUUUGUUUUGUUCUUUUUCAUGUUUUUCAAAGAAAGCACAUAUGAGAGAAAGAGAGAUCAAGGAUAUUGUAUUAUGUAAAGCUCAAGAGGAGAAGCCCGCCCUGAUGAACAACUUGCUCAAUAAAUCUUAUUCUCUACCACGACAGUGAGAACUCCUGGUCUGGUCUGUUGCAUCUGCAGAUGCUUAAUUAACCAACUCUCCCACCUGCAGGCCUUGUGCUCCAUUGGAAGACAGUACUGGAAGUUAAACCAGCAGAUGAACACAAAACGAAAGACUUCAUUGAAGGGAAUUGAACCAUUUUAAUGUGAAAUGAUUCAAGCAAAUUAAGCUGCUCCUGUUCAAGCAAAGCUGGAGAAUUAAUGAGAUCAUAUAUAUCUGUUCAUCAACAAGGCUGGCUAGCUAGCUAGAGCCGCUCUCUCUAAAAUGGAAUGGGCCUUUGAGACACAAAAUCACAAUCGGAUAAAACUAUGGCACCGGCGGCAACAAAAAUUAAUGACUCACUUGCAGAAAGGAAUAUCCAGGGAGGGAAUACCAUUCCCUCAUGCCCAUGUAUAUACAUAUGGCUGCUGCCUUUUCAUACAAAGAUGAACAAUUCAUUAAUAUAAAUACCAAUGAUUUUACAUUAA